ACAAGCUGUCACUCAAAGGUUUGUUUAUUUAUAUGGAAUCGUUCACGAAAGGGACAUAACCCACCUUGGACAUAACCAAUGUUUGACAUAGCUAUCGUGUUUACAAAUGACAAUGACAGCAAGGGCAGUGACCACGUGUGCGUCAAUGCCAGAAUGGUCUGGUUUUGCAUGGAGGUAUGACCCUCUGCAAGCUGGAAGCAUUGAUGGGACGGACAGUGAGCCCCAUGACAAGGCUAUCAUAAGAGCUCUUGAAGCAACGUACAUUCCAAACAAAAAUAUUGAAGGUAACCCUGCUAACACCAUUUUUGUGGCAAGGUUGGCAAAGGAAACUACAAGCAGUACGAUUAGAGAGGUGUUCUCAGAAUAUGGAUCCAUUCGCAGGUGUACCAUUGUGCGAGACCUAGUCACAGGGUAUUCCAAGUGCUAUGGUUUUAUUGAGUAUGAACAAACUUCUUCAGCAUCAAAAGCAUACCGGAAAGCAAAUAGGAUGGUAAUUGAUGGAAAGAAGGUUUUUGUUGAUUUUGAAUGUGAGAGGCUGCUAGAGGGAUGGAAGCCACGUCGAUUAGGUGGUGGCUUUGGAGGGAAGAAAGAAUCUGGGCAGCUUCGCUUUGGAGGAAGAGAUAGACCAUUCAAAAAACCCAUUGCUGAGGAGGUAGAAGAAGGAAAAUUGAAAAGACUAAAUGCGGAAAGAGAUAGAGACAGGAAAAGAGACCGGCGUUGGGAUCUAGAGGAAAAACUGAGGUCCCUUGAGGAGCAGAGGAAAAUACAGUGGGGGUACAGGACCUGGGACAGGAAGAGGGUGUGGCAGGGGACAAAUGAUGGGAAACCAGAAGAGUUGAGGGACAGGGAGGAGGGAGUGGUGGGUAGAAAUACUGGUGGGAAAGACAAAUGGGUGAGAAGAGACCACUGAGCUGAUGUGGUGAGAAACGGGGGCCUGGAAGCAGGUGGGAAUGCUGCUGAGGGGCUGGAAGAGGGCGGGAAAGGAUUUGUUACAGUAGAGAUGGAGAGGAAAAGGGGGGAAGAGGUGGACGUAGUGAGGAGGAAGAAAUUGUUGGGGAGAAGCGAGAUUGCAGGAGUAGAGGAGGAAAAAGGAGAGCGGAAGAAAAUUUUCAUUAUUUGGGACUCAAUGAUGAGGGGAGUUAGGGUUAGGGGUCAUGGGGAGGAGGUGUACAGAACAUUCAGGGGCGGAAGGAGAUUGAGGGACUUGACAGAAGUGGUAAGGAGCAUGAGGAGGGAAGGAAAUGUGAGGUCAGUGAUAAUACAGGGCGGAACUAACGAUGUAAUUUAUGCGGAUGGAGUAGAGCAUGUGAAGGAGGGAUUGGAAAACCUUGUGAGGGAAAUAAGAAAGAAAUGGGGCCAGGAGACGGGACUGGUAGUGCAUGGGGUUCUCCCAAGGAAAGGAGUCCCGGCAGGACGGAUAGAGCAGGCAAACAGGGAGAUGAAGGGAAUUUGUGAUAAGAUGGGAGCAAGAUAUGUGAACGUGGGAAAACACCUAGGGGAGGGAGAUGUCAGCGAGGAUGGCAUCCAUCUUAGUCAGAGAGGGAAAGGCAAGCUAGCCAGGUACCUGGAGGUGGAGGUUGUAAAAAUGCGUAG